UGCGCUCAAGGGACUGCCUUUUGCUUUUCAAUGAUAUCCUUUGCGGGUGGCUCGUUUUAAUUCAUCCCUUCGUUUAUUAGAGUUUGCAUGGAUUGGAUAACUGCACCUGCGGAUUAAUGUAUCUUAUAACGUUCUACACAUUUUAAUUUUUGGUUCUCAGUGCUUGAAUUCCCGUCACUUCAAACGAGAAAGAAGACAAACCCAGGCCGCGUAUUUCCUUCCGGGUUAAAACUGAAAUGGCGGAUGACCUGAGUGCAAGAGGCCUCCCAUUAACAAUUCUGGAAGUCAGCUCUUUACUUAUUUUGAAUGUUCUGUCUCUUCUGGGAAACACGCUUGUUUGCGCUUCAGUUUACAAGAACGCAAGACUCCGUACAACCACAAACUUAUACAUUAUUGCUCUGGCUGUGAGCGAUUUGCUUUCCGCUGUUUUUGUCAUGCCUAUUGGAACGGCUGUGUUGAUAGCCGGAAAGUGGAAUUUUGGUGGGAUUACUUGUCAACUUCAUGCCUUCUUUAGCCUGUUUGUCAUCUAUGUUUCACCAGUGACUAUGGGCCUCACUGCUGUAAACAGAUAUGUGAGAAUGUGCAAGACAGACCAACAGUAUAGGAAAUUGUUUUCAGCCGCCAAGUCUCGGGCUCUUCUUACUUCCGUGUGGUCAUUUGUUGCCUGUUACACCCUUGUUCCGCGCCUGCUUGGCCUGCAAGCCUAUGAGUUUGUACCAGGGUACGCGCAGUGUUCUAUUGCUCACCUUAGCGAAAGUGGCAAAAUGAUACACUAUGGUUUCGUUGUGACACUUUUCUUCUUACUACCGUUGAUGGCAACUGUAAUUUGUUACACAAAAGUUGCGAAAAGGAUUCGACAGCACAACGUGGGCGCAUCUUUGACAAUUCAGAGGCGCGAGAGAAACCUUUCCAUCACUGCACACGAGAUAAAAGUCAGCAAGUCUCUCUUUGCCGUUGUGUUUGCAUUCAUGAUCUGUUGGAUACCGUUUUGGGUCAUAGUCAUUUUGAGACGCUUCCGUAUUGUCGCAAAAAUGCCUCGUAGCUUCGAACUACUCUGCAUGUUUCUCCUCUACUUUUCCAAUACAAUCAACCCCUUUAUAUACGCGGGUAUGAAUCAACUAUUCAAGAGGGAAUUCCGAAAGAUACUAUUCUGCGAAAGAAGGCGUAAAGUUGAUGUUUUAUCAGGAGUGGUGAAAACAGAUGAAAUUGAAACGUACAGCGCAGCUUUAUUACGAAACCCAAGAAUGCGACGACAGGACAACUACCAGACUCCAGCAGAGAUUAUCAAUAACCAAGGAAGCGAAAACCAUCAAAUAGAAGAACCUUUUGAAUGGUUUAGACUUGCCACGCUGUCAACUUACGCUAGCAAACCUUUCUCUGAAAACUUUCAUGAUUCAGCUUCCCUAGAUACUUAAAAAUCUCCGCUGGGACAAAGAUAAGGAACAUAACUUUCCAAAUGAGACUCGGGCGAUUCAAGUUUGUUCUGUUUUGAAUUUCAAAUUUCUCAGCUGAUUAUAUGGUUUGUCUAAACAAUAACAACAAUUUCGGAACCCUUUUCUCUGCCUUUAAUGGUCGUCUUCAGAAAGCCACAAAUAAGGAACCUGAUAACUAGAUAACGGUUCUAAAUAAUUUAUCAUUUCCUGUCAGCAACUGUUUAUGGUUGAGGCAGAGUGCGUUGUUUGAAGUUGCUUUGUUGGAGCGUAGGAGAAAUUCGAUUUUUUUCUUAUCAAGUUGGUAAGGACAUGAUUUGGGCAAUUUGUUUUGAGGUAAAAGAAAAAAGAAUCGCUGAAUGUGCCCAAAAGAAACUGCAUUUAUCUUUCCCUCGAGGCGGUCUAUUGCUGGCACUUCUGAAUUCCUAGUCUGGAUUGGAUACUUCCAAGUGCGUUUUAAUAAUUUGACUCACGAUCAUAUACGCUUUGGAAAAAAAUUUUCCUGGCACAAACAGCAUGUAUAUAUAUAAAAAAAGUUUUACUUUAGCCAAGAUCGCGUUAGAUUUGGUUUUUAACUAGAAAUGUUUGUAAUGAAAAAGUGUGUAAAUCAACAUUGCUUUCGAAUAUAAAGCACCUGCUGGUUAUACCCGUUGCUAUGGGAACCUGUUAAGCAAAAAUGACGAUCGACAAUAAUAUGUUUGUUAAUGAUUUGGCGUUUGUUUGACAUCAAUAUUGAGGCAUAUAUAAUUUGCUUAAGAGUGGCAGUGUUUUCCACUAGUAUACCUACUGGAAAUUAUUUUAAGCAUCAAAUCACUUCGAUUAAUCUCGGUUAUCUUGAAAUAGAUUAGUUGAAAUUUAAAUGGAGAAUCCAUUGAAAGGUUAAGAUUCAAUUUUUAUGAAGUGAAAUUAUUGUAAGCAUCAGGUCCCUACUAAUUGUCAAAGAAGAGUCUUUUCAGCGCUGGACAUUAGUUAUUUUUGAUUUCCACAAUUUGAGUUCCAAUAACAGCUCAUUUACACCAGACAGGUCUUAUUGAAACAAAUGCAUUAGGCAGUAAUUUAAGAAAAGAAAUGGAUCGCGGCAAUAAAUCAUUAUGAAUGGCAAAAUCUAGUUUUCAGCUCUCUAAUUCGCGAGCCACGCAGGGAGGGUACUGUGCACACUUAUAUAUGUAGUUAACCCAGGGACGUCUAAACAAAUAGCUGUUAUUACAGUUGAGCCCACGGUACAACGGUAUUAGUUGCAGAGUGCGCGAAAGCGAGGCUUUCGGGUCAACAUUCCAGGGGAAUACAAGCGCCUUAUGAGAAAACUUCGAGAAAAAUAAUA